AUGGCCCCCCUGGCUCAGACCCUGGCACUGCUGGCAAUGACCGUGGCCACCACAGCCAUCGAGGUGAUCCCCCUGGACAUGGCCCAGGACUCUUUCGAUGACCAGUACUGGGGCUGUGGCCCUGCCAUGACCGCGGCGUUGCCGGCCCUCAACAGCUUCGAGUUCCAGCAGAACCCUCUCUUUGCCCAGGCCUGGCCUAAGGCCAUAGCCGAGUGGCAGAGUCGGGGGUCCCCUCUGUCCCCCCUGUCGUCCCCAGCCCAGGCCAUCGCCCUCAUGGCCUACACGAUGAAUGACCUGUACGAACAGUUCAACGUGGCCGUGCGCACGGCUGGGCGCUCCCGCCAGGAAUACCGGGACAACUUCCACUUCAAAACGCUGCAUUUCCUGCUGACCCAGGCCCUGGUGACGCUGAGGGACACUCAGAGAUUGGGGUGUCCCAAGGUGUACCGGGGGGUGCGCAAGUACCGGUUCAAGGCAAAGCGUGGUGACGUUGUCCGAUUCGGUCAGUUCUCGUCGGCAUCACAGAGUGAAGAAACUGCUGAGAUGUUUGGGGAUGCCACGGUGUUCCAGGUGCACACGUGCCACGGUGUGGAAAUUCAGGAAUUCUCCAAUUAUCCUGGUGAGAAGGAGGUGCUGAUCCCACCCUUUGAGACCUUCGAGGUCAUCGAAGUCAGUCAGAAAGGAGGCAGGGCGAGGAUCGAGCUGCGCUCCACCGGGACCUUCAGCAACUACAACUGCGAGUGGCUGCAAGGUGGGAGCGUCCCCAGGGCUUCCUUCCAACUUGGAGGACUCCUCCUGGCCACCACGGCCCUGGCAAUGGCCACUGGAAUUCUCUGAGCCACGAGGCCACUGUGGUCUCCGAGGUCACUGUGGUCACUCCGGCAACCAUGGCCACCAUGGCACCAAUGUCACUCUCAUCACUGUGGCCACCACAAUCACCAAG